AUGGAUUUUCACCACGAAGCUAGCAAUCAUGGCUCCGGCCAGUCCAUCGAACCUGACUCAACUGCCACGAUACCUGUUGAUAAAGCUUUGGCUAGCAAGAAAUACCGCGAUCUCGUGAUUCGUGAAUUGGUGGAGACGGAGCGACGCUACGUCCACGGUCUUACCCAACUUUGUGACUUGAAAAAUGUCAUUGAACAGCACGAUUUACUCUCGCGCGAUGUCGUCCAAGAGAUCUUCUUCAGCCUUGACGCAGUCCUUAAAUUCUGCAACACCUUUCUCCUCAAAAUUGAAGAGAUGAGUCUACUGCAGCCCGAAGAUACACAAAGAUGGGGCUCUUUGUUUGCAACAUCCGAAGAGGCUUUCGGUGUCUACGUACCGUACAUCGGCAAUCAACGACAGGCAAAAGCCGCUGCUCGGCGAGAGUUUGACAAAAUCUCGCAGAUUGAUCAUCCACUCGCCAUCGACAUCAACACAUUAGAGAUGUUUAUCAUGUGGCCACUACCGAGACUUGUCAAGUAUCCACUUUUGCUCAAAGACCUUCGUGACCGGACUGGGGCGAACGACGAGGCACAAGCAGAUCUCACGUCUGGUAUCGAGGCCAUAGAUCGAGUGAUUGAGAAAUUCAAUGCGGCUAUCGAUCUCGACCUCCGCAACGAGGCUUUAGAUUACUUAUAUGCUAGGCUAGAAGACUGGAAAGACCUCCGAUUUGACAGUCUUGGAGAACUCGUAAUAUUUGGAACGUUCCCUGUUCUUAGGGGUGCUUUGAAAAGACAAUACAAAGUCUAUCUCUUCAAGCGCUUUUUACUCUUCUGCGUCGAGGACAUCUCUCCCACCUCCCGAGAUGAACCUGUGUCUAGUCAGAAGCCUGAGAGCAGAGGCAAGUAUCAGGACACAGCGGUAAGGUUGAAACUAAAAGGAUGGAUCUCGAUGAGAGACAAACCUAGGACUCUGCAAUUGCCUGAACAGGGCAAUGAUAGGAUCCAAAUAGAUUGGGUGGAGAACAACUCGUCGAAAUCCGUCGAUAUUCUAUUCCCCAACGAUUUCAUGAUGAAGAAGUGGUUUCGUGCCUUAGACAGCCUACUAAACACGCCUUCGUCCCUGUCGUCUGAGCAGGACUUGACUGAAGGCAAAACAGGGUGA